UCCCUCUGUCUCCCUUCACUGUGAGUGAGAGACUGAGAGAGAAGAGCUCCGAUCAAACCCUAACCCUAACCCUAACCCUAAUUCGCAACGCUAACGCCAUGGAUAUCUGUUCCAAGCUCCGCCGAGUCGACCUCCGAUCGCGCCUCCUCCCCGUCGCCUCCCCACUCCUCGGAAACCCUCGGCUCCAUCCCCGGUCCCACCUCUCCUUCCGCCGAGGCACCCUCGUUCCCUCUUCCGGAACUGGAAACCCUAGGAUCUCCGCUCGGUUGGCUGUGGACGCCGCGGCGGCAGAGACGGAGACGGCGACGGAGAUCGAUAUCGAAUCCCUCUUCUCCAGUAGCUCCGGCGAUGGCGCCUCGAAGAAGCAGGCGAAGAAGAAGCCGAGCACGGGCGCGUCGAGCGUGUCGUCGGGGGUGCGGCUCGAGAGCAUCAGCAAAAGCUUCAAAGGUGUCACCUUGCUGAAGGACGUGAGCUGGGAGGUGAAGAAGGGGGAGAAAGUAGGGUUGGUAGGCGUGAACGGGGCCGGCAAAACCACCCAACUCCGGAUUAUUGCCGGAUUGGAGGAACCCGAUUCGGGGAACGUAAUAAAGGCGAAGGAGAACAUGAAGAUCGCGUUUCUGAGCCAGGAAUUCGAGGUGUGCCCUAGCCGGACGGUGAAGGAAGAGUUUUUGAGCGCGUUCAAGGAGGAGAUGGAGAUCGCGGAGCGAUUGGAGAAGGUGCAGAAGGCGCUGGAGAGCGCGGUGGAGGAUAUGGGGCUCAUGGGGAGGCUGCUGGAUGAGCUGGAUUUGCUGCAGAGGAGGGCGCAGGACGUGGACCUCGACGAGGUCGAUGUGAAGAUCAGUAAGCUGAUGCCGGAAUUAGGGUUCUCGCCGGAGGAUUCGGAGCGGUUGGUUGCGUCGUUUAGUAGUGGGUGGCAGAUGAGGAUGUCACUCGGGAAGAUUCUACUUCAGGAUCCGGAUUUGCUGCUGCUUGAUGAACCGACGAACCAUCUCGAUUUAGACACGAUUGAGUGGUUAGAAGGGUAUCUGAACAAGCAAGACGUUCCGAUGGUUAUCAUAUCUCACGACAGGGCUUUUCUCGAUCAACUAUGCACCAAAAUCGUAGAAACCGAUAUGGGGGUAUCAAGGACUUUUAUGGGUAACUAUUCGGAGUAUGUCCUUCAAAAAGCAGCAUGGGUAGAAGCCCAGAAUGCAGCUUGGGAGAAGCAGCAGAAGGAGAUUGAACAUACUAAAGAGCUAAUAAACAGAUUGGGAGCCGGUGUUAAUUCUGGGCGAGCUUCUAGUGAGGAAAAGAAAUUGGAGAGGCUUCAAGAAGAAGGAAAAAUCGAGAAACCUUUCCAAAGGAAGCAAUUAAAGAUCAGAUUUCCCGAGCGUGGAAGAAGUGGUAGAACAGUAUUAAUGAUGAAGAAUCUUGAAUUCGGGUACGGUGAUAAGGUGUUGUUUAAGAAGGCAAAUCUUUUAGUUGAAAGAGGUGAGAAGAUAGCCAUUAUUGGUCCAAAUGGAUGCGGAAAGAGUACAUUGCUUAAACUUGCCAUGGGUUUGGAGAAGCCUCGUGCUGGUGAAGUUUUACUUGGGGAGCAUAAUGUAUUGCCGAACUAUUUUGAGCAGAACCAGGCAGAGGCACUUGAUUUGGAGAAAACGGUGCUGGAAACAGUUGAAGAAGCUGCGGAAGAUUGGAGGAUCGACGAUAUUAAAGGUCUCCUUGGCCGCUGUAACUUUAAGGCCGACAUGCUAGAUAGAAAAGUCGCACUUUUAAGUGGUGGAGAGAAGGCACGACUAGCAUUUUGCAAAUUCAUGGUGAAGCCAUCUACCUUGUUGGUGUUGGAUGAACCGACCAACCAUUUGGAUAUCCCUUCAAAAGAGAUGCUAGAGGAGGCUAUACAAGAGUAUAAGGGCACCGUCAUUACUGUUUCUCAUGAUCGGUACUUCAUAAGGCAAAUAGUAAAUAGAGUAGUGGAGGUGAAAGAUAAAACCCUACAAGACUAUGCAGGCGAUUACAAGUAUUACCUUGAAAAGAACCUUGAAGCUAGAGAAAGAGAACUUGAGCGCGAGGCUGAGCUCGAGGAAAAAGCUCCCAAAGUGAAGGCAAAAUCUAAGAUGUCAAAGGAGGAGAAAGAAGUCAGGAAGAAGCAGAAAAUGAUGGCUUUUCAACAAGCAAAGUCAAAGUCGAAAGCAUUGAAGAACGCAAAGCGAUGGAAAUGAGCAGUACCGUCCAUGAUUUAGUGUAAAUCGAAGAUCGACAGUGUAAUUAACGAUCAAAGGGCUUAAAAUCAUUGUACAUAAUAGAGACAGAAGCUAAUGAAAACAUAAUUUAUUUUACAUUAUUUUAAGAUCGUUUUUCAAAUGAUACACAACACACAUGCUUCUGCUACUGUACAUUGGUUAUUUAGUAGUAUUACAAUUUCACCUCUACAUGACAUAUUGUGUAAAAUUGCAAAAAAGGCCCUGUAGUGUCAUGCAGUUCAACAUUAAACUUGAUUACAUUUUAGGGUU